AACCCAGUGCUGAAGAAGGGUGAUACCCGGAACUCCUUUCCUGCAGCUGCUGCCUGGCCUGCUGUGGUUCUUCCAGCCUCCUGUUUGUCAUGCCCACCCCAGAGUGGGGUGCAGCUCCUAGCUAGCUUUGUGCACUGGAGAGACUGGAUUGGGAGCACGGCCGGUUCACGGCUGGCAACAGCAACUGCAGACUUGCGAGAAACGCGUGUUGCACCAGGAAAACCCCCCACCCACUGGGAACGAGGAAUAUAGGGACCAGGGAGACACGAGGAGAGAGAGAGAGAGGGGGAGGAACAGGAGGGGGAGACUGACAAGGAAGGAGACAUAAACGCUGGGCGGAGGGAGUGGAAGUGAAGCAGAGACCUGGAGAGAGAGAGACUGACUGACUGGGAGCACAGCGCAGUGAGGGACGAGGGGUUGUCGGCGAGAGGAGAAUGGAGACCCGGAGGAGCUGCUGUUGUUGCCUUGUGGUGUUUUUUGUGGCCGUGCUGGUCAUCACCAUCACCGUGGUGUUGGUGCACAUACACCGGUGCUCAGGGGACCACCUGUACGCGCACGCUGCGGUGGCUGCAGACUCGGAGACAUGCUCCGGUAUCGGCAGAAACAUCCUGCUGCAGGGUGGAUCAGCUGUUGAUAGCGCCAUUGCUGCAUUGCUGUGCACCUCCAUUGUCAACCCCCAAAGCAUGGGCAUUGGCGGAGGAUCCAUUUUCACCAUUUACGAUGCUUCAAAAGGCAACGUGACAAUAAUUAAUGCCAGAGAAAUGGCUCCACAGAAGGUGAAGCCAGGCUUAUUCAAUGGGUGUGGCCCUUUUCCAAAACCAGAUUCAGGUAGCCAAUGGGUUGCUGUGCCAGGGGAACUGAGCGGCUACUGGGAAGCCCACCAGAAAUUCGGAAAAUUAUCGUGGAAAGCCCUGUUUGAACCUUCAAUACAGCUAGCACAAAGAGGCUUCCAGACCCCAAAGUUUCUGAAACAGCUUUUAAAUUUUACGUUACUUCGCAUUAAACUAAAGAGUUCAUCACUGAGUUCCCUGUUUUACAACCGAACUGGUAGUCCACGUGAAAUCAUGAAGAAUGAACAGCUUGCAAAAACACUGAAGAUUAUUGCUGAACAAGGGCCUGAUGCUUUCUACAAUGGAAAAAUUGGACAUGAUCUCAUUUUGGAUCUACAGGAAGAAGCUGCUAACAAUUUAGAUGGCAUUUUAACACAUCAAGAUUUGAAACAAUACAAAGCUUCCAUCAUGGUACCCCUGAAUGUUUCGGUGGGUGACUACGUGAUGUACUUCCCACCUCUGCCAUCAAAGGGAAUCAUUGUCAGCCUCAUCCUCAACAUACUGAAAGGCUUUAAGUUUUCUGUUGAGUCUAUGGAGAAAAAUCAAAGGGUCCAGACAUACCAUCGUAUCAUAGAAGCCUUAAAAUUUGGAAAUGGACAGCUAAGUAAUCUGAUGGAUUCGACGUUCUGGUCAAAUCUGUUGUCUGAUGGGUUUGCUGAAUCUAUGCGACGGCGUAUUGAUGAUCAAGCCCAUUCUCUGGAAUACUACGACAUUGACCACCAGGCGCCCGACUCAUAUGGCACCAGUCACGUUUCAGUGAUAGACAGACAUGGCAAUGCGGUUUCUGUCACUAGCUCGAUCAAUCAUUUAUUUGGCAGCAUGAUCUUCUCUAAUCGUACAGGAAUUAUCCUGAAUAAUCAGCUAGCAGACUUCUGCAGGAGUUCACUUGAAGAUGUUUCAGGAAAACAGCCGCCUUCUUCCAUGUCUCCAGUCAUAUUAAUAUCACAGGACAGAAAAUCCAUCAUGAUGGUGGGAAGUUCUGGCGGCAGUAUGAUUAUCAGCGCUAUAGCACAGAUCAUUAUGAACAAGUUAUGGUUUGGGCUCAACAUGAAAAAGGCCAUUGAGAAAAAAAGAUUAUAUGUGAAUUCAUCUAAUGCCUUGCAGUUUGAAAAAGAAUUUGAUAAUACUGUCAUUGAAGCAUUGAAGAAGAAGGACCAUCGUAUCAAUGACUCUCCGAUUCAGCUGAUGUCUGUUAUUCAAGGAAUAUUUAAAGAUCAAGCCUGCAUUGAAGCAGUGUCAGAUAUCAGGAAAUAUGGAAAAUCUGCUGGCUACUAGCACUUCAGGUCUGGAUGUCACCUCAGAUAAACCAGAUGACUUCCACUGACAACAAAGAUGUGUUUAACUUCCCAUCCUCGAAUCUGUGCCAGACAGUGUGGGGAAACUAGACUGCGACUACCAUUUGGUCAGUAAGGUGAAGCCUCAACUUGCUCAAAGACAUGAAACAUCGAUCAGUGAGCAGCCAGGCUGUCUAGUGAAUCCUGAGCUUUUUGGACAAUGAGUUUGAAAUGAACCGAGCUGACUUUUUAAGUAAUAAAUUAGAAGGAAGCUGUUGAAAAAGAUGGGGGCCAAGGUUGUUCUACAUCACAAAUCAGAGUGCCACAUAAAUCAGUCCCAUAUUGACACUCGGUGGUGAAAGAGAUAGUUAUUUUGUGUAUUACACAUUUAGCAUUAAUGUAGUGCAUAUUAAUAAGACUUGCUUCCUUUUACAAUAGUAGUUACGUAUUAAAACCACAGUUGGAAUGAUGUCAUUUUCAAUUGGGAAGGAAGAGAUGUGCCAAUCUUGAAACAAGUCAGAUCUACCUUGUAGCAUUUUUCUGUAAAGAACAUGCACUCAGUGUAAGGUAAUUAUGCGAACAAUGAUAACUAUAGGAUUACACUGUGAAGCUUUGCAUUAACGCUGAAGUUAACCCUUAAACUGAACUGGCAAAACUUCUUUGUUUGGAUUGAACCCCGAGUUUGGAUGCGAGGACAGCAUUUCAUUGUCGGUUGAUUGAGAACUCGAAGCUGAAUUCAUUAUGUAGUUGCAAAAAUGCUACCUAUCUAAAAUCAGCCAUUGCUGGUGGGGUUGGAAUCUAAGUGAAGUGGUAAAUUUGGAUUUAACCAGUUAUGAACUGUGAUAAUCUAAUGUUGACUAGUCUACAGCGACACUUUGAUUGACAAGUUUGUGUAUUACUAAACUGUGUGCUGCAAAGACUGUGUCAUUUGCAUUGAAAAGGGUGGGAUUGGCCCAGUCCAAUAUAGUUAGGGCUGUGUCCAACCAGUAUCCCAAUCAUUGAGUGCUUCAUCUUGGUCCUACCAAUAUUUUACCAACCCAGGUUCACAGAAGUGAGUAGCUCUACAGCUUUCAUUGCCUAGCUUUACAUAAGCAAGGAGGCAAUUUUGAGAUCUGUUAUGUACCUUGGAGGAAUAACCUUAAGAGGUGACACCCCUGCCCUUUAAACCUUGCCACCAUCCCUUCUCUGGGGUUGCUGAUACACUGGCAUCAUCGGACUCCCCGGGUUCCAUUUCCUCCUCAUCUUCAGGCAGUGACCACUCCUAGGACUACAGAGCUGUCAGCCAGUGAGAAUGGUGGGUGACUGUCCAAGGCAGGGCUCCAUCUCCAGAUAGGAUUGAAAGUCUCAAUCUGAAACCUAGAGUACCUGCUGGGUUUUACCAGUUUUUUGGUGGGUGUGGUGGUGGGGGAAUGGAACUCCAGACCAUCAGGGUUCCGGGAAUACAGUGCCCCAUUAAAUCAAAACUCUUUAUUUUCCUGAUGUAGUCACUGUGGAUGGGUCAGAGUACAUACUGAGUUGCAAAUUUUGAAAUCAGCAUUGUUCAGCUUCAAAUGCGAGCUGUAGUUUUUUAAAAUUUGGCUUAUUUUUGCAGGCCUACAGCAUUAAUGAGUUUCAAACUGGAAUAAAGCGUUCCAUUUGGCACAUGCACUCGGCACUGUAUAAUCAAAAACAGGAUGGGGAGUAGAGUCGGUUUACAUUGUCAGAACAAACUGUCUGCCUCAAUUGGAACUGUCCCAAGACCAGCCCUGCCCUUACUGAAUAAACGCAAAUAUGUUUCAUUUCCCGUACCAGCUACCUAACCAUUUUCCUCAAUGCCACUGCCAGUGAGACUGGUGGCUUCUGUGCAGGGAGCUCAUGCCAACUCGACAUUACUUGGAAACCAGCCAAAUUUAAUGACAUAGGAUUUUAGAGCAGUCAGCGGCUUUCACUCCAUUGAAAUUAGCCCUCAAGUCUAGCCAGGCUCCUCUUUUUAAGUCCAGAUUGCCUCACUGAGAAGUUGGAACUUGGUGUGAAUGGAGCAAUUGUAGGGCUGUGACAGUGAUCUAUGAAAAUAAUUGUUCACUCAAAUGCCCAGAUUGUCAAUCACUGCUUUGAGGUUCCUUUGGAUUUGUCACCCUCUAGUGGUCACAGCAUAAAAUAUCUCAGAUGGUGGCCAAAACUAUGCACAUACCAUGAAGUCACAGAAUCAUUGAAUCCCUACAGUGUGGAAGCAGGCCAUUCAGCCCAUUGAAUCCACACUGAGACCCACCCUCCUCCUUUAUCCCAGUAGAGCUGCAUUUACAAUGGCUAAUCCACAUAGUCCACAUAGCCUGCACAUUCCUGGACACUGUGGGCAAUGUACCAUGGCUAAUCCACCUAACGUGCAGAUCUUUGGACUGUGGGAGGAAACUGGAGCACCUGAAGGAAACCCACACACAUACAGGGAGAAAAUGCAGUUAAAUUUUUUUUUUAACCAAGCUGUUACUGUUCCUGGUUACUUAACAGGAGCUCAUGGAAACUUAACAGCCACUAUGGUCACUUUAGCCCAAUUUCCUCCUCCUUACUCUUUGAAGGCAAUCGUACUCAGAUCCUUUUUUGCCUUGUGAUUCCUUCAUUCAACUCGAGUACCUGUCCAACUACCUUUUCAGGUAGAAUAUUCUAGACCUAGACAAUUUAGUAAAAAAACUGUCUGAUCUCUAAAUGUUUUGCAGUGAGUUAAACACCCCCUCCCCCACUCCCAUGACUCUGUUCAGCCUUAAUUCUGAAAGUAGUACACUAUUACUAGUGAUGUGGUACGUCAGUUACUCCUUGCUCAACAAGAUGCUGUAAGAUUCUUACUGGAAUGGCAAGAUGCAGCUAGUUAUUUCUGUAUUCUUUUUACAGGAUUGUGUUUUACAUAGAGCAGUACAUCACAGUACAGCCCUUCGGCCUAUUGUGGCAACCUAUUAUCCUACUAAGAUCAACCUAACACCGUUUAGGGGUUCGCUAGCUGCAUACUUCAUGGGGAAGUGCAAAAUCACUGACGGCAACUUCUGCAUUCUACAUUUAACUGCAUUUGUACAUACUUGAGAUGUUGCUGUCGCUUUCAGAGCUGUCAAAUGAUGUCAUAUGUUGACUGUUUUUUUUUGUCAUUACCACUGCAAGUUGGAAUGAGUGUGAUUAGCCCACAGCAGGAAAUGUAAUGGUUCCAGAAUUGGCACCGAAUUCUUAUGUAAGAUUAUUCUACUUGCACUGCAAAAAGCUUGUAUUCUAUCACUUUCUUUCUAAAGGAGUCACUAACGCAAGAGUAAAACAUUGCAGAUGCUGGAAAUCUGAAAUAAAAACCCAAAAUGCUGAGAAAAAUCUCAGCAGGUCCAGCAGCAUUUGUGGAGAGAGAAAGCGAGUUAAUGUUUCCGACCACCAAACAACCUUUCAUCAGAACCUGCCAAGCAUUUUCACCAAAGAGUUGCUGACUUCUUCCCAGAUUAUCCUUUCUGUAUAUAAAAAACUACUGGGUGAGAUUUUCUAAAAUGUAAUAUUUCCCUUCUGGAAUCAGCUAAUUCAUCAAAAACAUUUCCACUACUUUACUUUGAAGGUAAAAACAACCAAAAACAAAACCACAGGCUGGUAUGUUUUACACAAUGGGAAUCUUACACCUUAUUUGACAGUUAACAAUGCUCUGUUGAAUACUUUCCUCAUUGUGACAGCACUCAUGCUCCGGCAAUGGCAUCCAGCCAAGGUCGUCUGCUCACAUAAUUCCACACACAAAUCAAAUGGGUAUUACACUACUGUCUCAUUGAAUGUCCAAAAUAUGUAAUUACGUGCAAUGGUAUGCUUGCUAGAAACAUGAACGGAAGAUUCCGAACCAUUUUGUGACAGGGAUUCACUGUGAGUUAAAAAGACAAUCCGAAGAUAUUUUUGUUACUGUUGAAGUGUUUUGUUAUUAAUUUUCUUGUGUAUACAUAUCAUUGCUGAGACUGUAUAGAUAUCUGUUAUUCCUGUGACAUUUUUAGAUUUGUUGUUAUUGUGACUAUCUAAUCACCCAUUACUGCUGUAAGUGUUGUGAAUGUUACUGUUGAGACUGGCCAGACUGUUCAUAGUUUUUUUUAAUCAAUAACUCCAGUUUGGAUUAUGAACGUUUAUUUCUUAUUUACAUUCAAUAAAGAAUUUUAUCUAUAAAUUUA